AGAGCAUUGAAGUGGGAUUACCGUCCUUCUACCUGUGCGCAGUGUGCGAAAAAGAAGAAACAAACCAUUCAGAGCAGCCAAUAUUGCUGAGCCUUCAAUUAGGACGCAACGAAGCCAGUUUUUCCUUUCAUUACGGAGCUUCCACUCAUCGUUCGCUAUUAACUCCGACUCUCAUCCUUACAGUCUUUGUUAUCUAGCUUUUUUUUUUUUGGUCUGGCUGUAUGCUGUUCGGGGACCUCAGUGUCGAGGUCAAAAAAACACCAAAAAAAGAAGAGAGAGAGAGGGAGGAAAAUAGAUAAAUAGCUGUAUAGGGCUGAGUGGAGCUUUGAAACUGGAAAACAGCGUUACAUCAAGGAAAAGAAAAGGAAGGGAUACAUCUACCUGAGUCGCCAAAUCAACGAUUGAAACGAAAACGGUCUGCCGUUUUUUCUUUCCAUUUUGUCUGUUUCGCUUUUUUUAUUUAUUUCCUUCUUUCGCCUUUUUUUUCUCGUGUUAUUGCUGUUGUGACCAUUUCCUUCGCACGCCGAUUUAUUUUUGUUUGUGGCUUUUUCUUCUUCUUUCCUUCUCUUCUUCGUGCUUUCUUCUUCUUUUUUAAAGAGCCCUUUUGUUUUUCUUUCACUUCAUUUUUCCUCCUCUAACGUCUAAACGCUAACUUAUUAAUACCUCUCUUUUCCUGCGCGCGUGCUUCGCUCCAUCAGCGCUUCUUAAAUUCGUUAUUGUUUUACGAAGUUCCUUCUCCUCCUUGAGUGCUGUUCUGAGUACGUGUACCAAAUCAAAUAACCUUUCUUUUCUCUCUUGUGUUUCUUCGUAUCAGACGAUCAUUACUGAAUAUUAGCCGAAAAUAAAAGGGGCGAUUAUUGAAGAUUUUUUUUCUGUUCCUGGAGAAUAAGGUUACUUCUUCUAGAUCAUCCAGACUGAAGAAAGCGAUCUGAGAGCCCUUCGGGUUCUACGGACAUAGUUGGUUCUGCUUAACAGUUGUAAGGCUCAGAAUACACUUUUCAAGGACAGUUGGCUUUUUUCUUCUUCUUAUCAUUGCCGAAAGAAGCAGUCAACGCUGAGAAAGGAACGGUAUGCGUUGUAUCCCGAAAGUAAAUAAUUAAACCGAGGUAGGACUGAUAAGAUCAUUAUUUUUGUUUUGUUUUGUUUCAUUAUUUGUUCCCGUGAGCGAGUCUUCUGAGCACACUGUCUGUUUUUGUCUUCUGUGUGUUUUUGUUCACCCCUUUGUAGUGGUCAUCUUUGAAUAGUAUCUGCGAAACGCCACCCAAAUCCCUCUUCCCCACUCCCUUCUUCGCAACAGCGCUUCUCAGUACACCGACGAUACACUGCACCAGUUUCAAGCAGGGGAGAAGGGACGACUUUGCGCUCACUACGAGCGGAAGCGAAAUCAGGGACCCUUUUUUUUUUUGCAACCCCUCCAUCCGCACCGCAGCACAACGGCGUCUCUAUUGGACGGAGUAGGCACCUCGCCGCCGCCGCCGCACCCGCCGCCGCAGCCGCCGCAGCCGAGCGCGCACCCCUACCACCGUUCGCCCAAGACAAACGGAGGCAGCAGCGCCGAUUCUCCACGUCGUGCUGCCUCUUCACCGGACAAACGGGGGAACGGGGCUGACUACGUUGAGAGCGAGGCAGCGAGAAUGCUGCCCGAUUCCUUGGCGAAGGAGGCCGCCAACGUUGGCUAUAGCAGCGGCAUUAGCAGAGGAGGAGCAAACUCCGGUACCAGCGCAGUGAGCACGACGAGUACGAACACCACGCAAAAUGCAGCGGCGAGCGGGUCGUCACGUCACGUGGUAAAAAAGCCACCUAGCACAACGACGGCGGCUGCCGCCCUGGCCGCUGGCUCACGCGGCUCCCCACCGAUUCUCAUGGGCAGCGGUGGCUCAUCUAGUCCGGCAGGCAACAGCAGCGGUGGCUCCUCCUCCAGCACGGGGUGCGUGCGGUGGUGCAUGAACGUCGCACUGCAGUCUUUCACCGGCGAGCCGUGGGCAGUGACGCUGCAGCCCGCUGCAGAGGACGACAUUGUGUUGAACGGGUCGUUCCCGGGUAGUCCGGCGGACUCUCCCGUCCUACCCCCCGCCCCCGCCCCCGUCCACCCUGCCGCGACGACCACCACCGCGGCGGCGAACAGUCGCCAGCAGCCUCCCCAAGGCGGCGGCUCUGGAAAUAGCAUCACGAGCGGCAGCUGCAGCAACCGCAGCUCCCCCGUGCACGGCGCCGGCGGCACCCGCAUGAGCCCGUCGAUGCUGCGCAGCGGGCUACAGCUGGCGGCGAUCGACUACAGCGAGCCACAGGUGCAGUACCCGGGGGGCCCAAUGCUGGACGCCGCCACGUUCGGCUACGAUCCGCAAAGCGAAGACACUGCCGCCCUGCACCAGUGCGUGCUGGCGGUCAACAGCCCGCCCGUCACGUACGGUGUGGACGACCUGCUUGGUCGCAUCACCAACGUCGAGUUCAUCGCGGAGCAGAGCAGCCCGGAGGAGACGGCGGCAGGGGUGCCGAUGCACUACCGGCUCGCCUCCUCGCUGGAGCCGAUGCUCAACGCGACGCUCAACCCAGCCAUCACGGCCGUCAUCGACCACUGCGUCAGCGCCAUGGUGCUCGUAUACGGCGCCACGCAGGAGAUGAAGCAAAUGGGUCUGAUUGGCACACCGGAAGAGUGCGGCCUCCUCCCGCUCGGCAUCCGCUGCAUGAUGGACCGCUUUCUCGAGCGCAAGGAACAGCAGCAGUCCAAGGCGUCCACCGCCGGCGGUAACCCCAAGUCCUCCCCCGAGAAGGCCUGCGGCGGCCAAUCGGUGCUCGCCUCUCCGCCGCUGCACCCCUCGAGCAGUCCAUCCUCCCCGCACGGGGGCGGUGACGACGCCGCCUCCGACGGUGAACGCACAGAGGGCGGGCACAGCCGCUCCGCGACCUCGCACGCCUACAGCUUUGUCUUUCCCUCCAUCGGCUCUCGCCACCACCGCUUUGCCCGCAUGGAGACCACCUUCAUCGCCUUUGACUCGACCAGCGUGGUGGAUCUGCUGGAUCUGUCGAACAAGCGGGUGGAGCUCGUGCUGAAGUUGGCCCCACCGCCGACGCCGUCCGCGUUCGAGGAAAAGGCAGACGACGUGAAUGCGCCGUCGAGCUCGUCGGCCACCACCGACUCUUUCGUGCUCAACGCCCGCGCGAUGCCGGUCGAGAACACAAACGACGCUCUUUCGGCGCUGGACGUCGGGCUAGAAAAUUUAUCGCGUGCGCUGGAGCUGGCGCUCCUGCAGUCGGAGUCCGGCUCCUCGUUGCUCUUCUCCCUGACAGCGUUCACCGACGCGUGCCGGUGCGCCACGAUGCACGUCCUCUGCCUCGCAGAGGACCCCGCCGCGCAAACCUGGCUCGCCUCCACCGUGCAGGCACGCAGUCAAGCCAUCCCCCUCGGCGAGGAGCAGAGCUGGGCUUCCAUCCAAAACACACCGAUGCCACCCCCUUUGCACCACCACGCCGCGACGAUGCUCGUGCCUGCCUUGUGCUUUGGCAACAUGUUUACCUCCGUUUUAAUCUGCGUCUACAACUCAAUUACGGCGCUGAGUCGGCUUAAUCGUGACUUGACGUUUGCCGUGACGGGUUACCGCAUGCGCACCAUCCCUCGCGUGACGUUGGCCAGCUCGCGGCGCGGCCUGAAGAAGUUGCCGCCCAGUUGGGAGGAGUACUUCACGAACGACGGCCGCCGCUACUUCAUCGACACCACCACCCAAACUACCACCUGGGAGGACCCGCGCUUCACCUACCAGCAGCGGCUCUCACACUCCGGCAGCUCGCAAGGCGGCAGCCCGGGCGGAGGUAGCAGCGUCGGCUCCAGCCGCGGCGGCGUCCUGCAGCACCGGCCGAGUCGCAUCGGACUCGGUAGUGGCGACAAAGACUUUCUAGCGAAUCGCCUGCAACCGGAACUGCACAGCAGCAGCAGCAGCACCGUUGGCGGCACCCCGCCCACCACGAAUACAAAGGCGUCUUCCAAAACGCAAUCGCCUCGCAUCGGUGCCACCGCGGCCGGCUCGAAACGCGCCUGUCCCAGUGACGAGCCGCUUGAUAUUGGCAUCGUAGUGGUGGACACGAUGUGCCGCCCACGCGUGCUCAUCGACUCCAGCAACCCACGCUUUGCCCAGCAGUACGUGGAGCAAGAACAGUUUCUACGCGAGAAGCAGCACGAGCUAAAAGAGUCGAUGGAGGCGAUGCGCCAAGAGGCGGCGAAGAAGAGGGCUGCCGCUGCCGCUGCUGCAUCAACGACGGUGGCUUCACACGCCGACCCCACCGGGCAUACUUCCUCCUUCGCUGUUGGUGGUGAUGGUCUAGAAGACAGCGACCCAGCGGUGGUGUCCGUCACCGCCGCACCCAGUGAGUGCGUGCAGACCAUCGCUGACCCCGUCGCACCGAUGCGCUCGUCAGACAUCAGCGACACGCCCCUGACGCCCGUCAACGGCAUGAUUGGUCUAGACGACGUGGACGAUGAAGAGGUGUCCUCGCUGUGUCGCAGCAGCACCGCCAACAUGGACGACUUCAUCUUCGAGAACUCCGACGAGGACGAUGAUGAGAAGGAGUUGGAGGCCCCGCUGUGGAGUCAGACGGGGCAGUCCGCAGGGCCGACGCCGUCCGCCAGCACCGGUGGUGACGGCCGAGGCGACCUGUCGCACGCCGGCAACAACGCAGAGGCCCGCUUCUAUACCAACGCGCUGCAGGAGCAGGCCAUCGGCGUCAUUGAGAUGACGGCGAGUGCGACGACGCCCUCGGCCAGCUCGUCCGUCACCGGCACCCCGCUUAUUGGGAGCACCGGCGUCAACAGCAGCGGCAUCGCCGGCGCUCCAGAGGGGCAGUUUGCGGGGGUGACGGCGGAAUUCGGCGCGCCGAGCAGCACGAUGGCCUCCGUGCCACCGGAGGUGCAGGACCUGGAGUCGCUGGUCGAUGAGUUCACCGCAUUUUACCGUAAGGCGUACUCGAUGCAGCAGCGCAUCGUGGAACUGGAGGCGGAGCUGAAGAAGCGCAGAGCGGCGUCGCAGAGUCCCAAACCGUUCCUGUCAUCAUCUACCAUCACAGCUGGCGAAACGAGCUCGACGUACGACAUUGAGCAGGAGAUGCGAAAGGCAGCGGCGGCCUCGCCGUCGGCCAAGGUUCGAAAAGCGGUGCUUCCUCUGCUGACGGACGUGGGUGCCGCCGCCUCCGCUGGUAGUAACAGCGGUGGUGCCAUUCUCGCUGCGUUUCAAGAGGCGCUUCGCCUUGCUUCUCAGUCUUCCAUCAAAGCUGAACAGCAAUGA